CUUGCGCCACACGGCGUGCGGCACGCGCCGGCUAUCGGCCCAUCGUUCGGCAGGGACUCAGGUUCUCGCCGGGCAGCGCUUCUCUUUUCCAUUUCGCGAAACUCUAGCGGCGUCCGGGAGCAGUAAACUGCAGCCAUGGAGUGCCUGGUCCCCAGAAUGCUUGACGCCGUCCCGAAGGGCACGAUCAAGGUCGAGUACGCCGGCGGCCUGGUGGUGGACGACGGCAACGAGCUCACGCCCACGCAGGUGCAGCACCAUCCCACGCUGGUCACGUGGGCCGCCGAGGAGGGGGCGCACUACUGCCUCAUCUGCACAGACUUCGACCCGCCUGGCCUGGAGCUGGAGGACCCCAGGAAGAACGAGGUGAUCCACUACAUGGUCGGCAACGUCCCCGGCAACGCGUUGCACGACGGCGAGGUGCUGUUCGAGUACAUUGGCGCCGGCGCGCGGCAGGGCACUGGUCUUCACAAGUACGUCUUCCUUCUUUACAAACAGCCCGGGAAAAUUAACUUCAAUCAAGAAAGAGUAUCGAAAAUAGAGCGCAAGGGGCGGCUUCCUUUUUCCAGCAGGAUAUUCGCCUGCCAGUUCAAACUCGGCCGCCCCGUGGCGGGCAACUUCUUCACGGCCCAGUACGAUGACUACGUCCCGAAGCUGCACGCCUCCUUCAUCGACUGAAUCGUGAAACCCCCGUAAUAGAAAAGCAGUAAACAAACAUUACCUCAA